CCAUUCUCAUUUAAAAAACGCAACCGUCGCUUCAAAGUGUCAACCCAUCAGACAAUACACAGCAAGAAUGUCACGUUACGCAGCUGCCCACGCCAACCAUUCCGGACCAGGCGAUGCGCGCCCCACCGCUCUUCAAAUCGUGAAAGAUGAAGGUCUCGAGGGUGCACUCAAGGGCAAAGUAGCUCUUGUAACGGGUGUCUCGUCAGGCAUCGGCGUUGAAACCGCAAAAGCGCUCGCUGCAACAGGCAUGCGCGUAUUCGGUGCCGUCCGCAACAUCCCCAAAGCCAGCGAAGCUUUGCAAGGUCACCUUGAAUCUUCAGGUGGAAAUAUUUCGCUCCUCCACCUCGACAUGAACUCGCUGCAAAGUGUGCGCAAGUGCGCCGCCGAAUUCCUCGCACAAAGUGACAACACACUACACCUACUCGUCAACAACGCGGGCAUCAUGAUGACUCCUGAAGGUCGCACUACCGACGGCUUCGAGCUGCAACUGGGCACAAACCACUUUGCCCACUUCCUCCUCUUCCAGCUCGUCAAGCCUGCAUUACUCGCUUCAGCCUCACCCUCCUUCCCUUCACGUGUUGUCAGUCUCUCUUCGGUCGGCCACCGUGGCAGCGAAAUCAACUUUGACAACCUCGCCCUUGAAGGCAUCUACGAUCCCAAUAUCGCCUACGCUCAGGCUAAACUCGCCAACAUCUACCUAGCAAACGAGAUUGAUCGUCGCUACGGCGCGAAAAACCUUCACUCCAACUCCGUGAUGCCUGGCGGCAUCUGGACAGGCCUGCAGGACACCAUGCCCAAAGAGGUCACAGACGCUUGGAAGGCGAGCCCAGAGCUGACGGCCAUGUUUAAGAGCGCCGAACAAGGUGCCGCGACCACAUUGUGGGCCGCUGUGGGUGAGGAGUGCAAGAACAAGGGCGGGAUGUACCUCGAGGACUGUUGUGUCGCGGGACCGGCCCGUGAAGAUAGUACAUUGGCGGAUCCUGGGUAUGCACCGUAUGCAUUCGAUGUAGAGAAAGCAGCGAGGCUGUGGAGGAUCAGCUGCGAGCUUGUAGGUGUUGAGGACGAUUGA